GUUCCCCUCGUAGGUCCAUUUUUAUUUUGGAUGGAUGAUAUAGACCAGCACGCGUCCGAGGCAAUACAGGAUUUAAGUGGGUGACGAGAGAGUCACUCCAGUCGUCCUCUUGCUCUAGUUCUUAGGGAAUCCGGCCCCAAAGUCUCAGCGCUCGCCGUCGGUUGCUGGCGAAACCUUCAUCAUGUCCACACCGCGUAUAUCCUUUCGGGUGCCAACGCCUUCUUCUUCUGCUGAUGCCAACGAAGAUGUGGCUUCUGGAUCAGGUGUCAUCACUCAGGAUAUAGCGACCGCUCCAGGGAAAGAUAGAGAGAGGGAUCCAGUCUAUGGAGGAGAAUUGACAAAUCUUGGACCAGGAGAGGAAGGAAGUAUGGCCGUAGAUGGAUCAGGACCAGCACCUGGCUCUGAGCCCGUUCAGAUACCUCCGAAAGCACCCUCGAUAGAUCCGCCGCCGACCAUCCCUGGAGGAUCUUCCACUCCAGCAGCGACCGGUGCCGCAGAACCAUCUCAAGCUGACCUUCACGCGCUCGCUACGACCUACCUCGCUUCUCAGACUCAUCCAUUGGUCAUUCCAUCCUAUUCAUCAUGGUUCAGCAUGUCAACCAUUCACCCGAUAGAACGAAGGAGUUUACCCGAAUUCUUCAGUCAUCGAAACAGGAGUAAAACACCGGCCAUCUAUAAGGAUUACAGGGAUUUCAUGAUCAACACCUACCGCUUGAAUCCUGGCGAAUACUUGACAGUCACGGCUUGCAGGCGUAAUCUGGCGGGAGAUGUGGGAGCUAUCAUGAGAGUCCAUGCGUUCCUUGAACAGUGGGGAUUGAUAAAUUAUCAGGUCGAUCCCGAUAGUCGUCCAGCUGCACUAGGACCACCCUUCACUGGCCAUUUCCGAGUCACUCUGGACACGCCUCGAGGUUUGUCAAAUCUGGUUCACCCCGGGAGCAAACCUGGCAGUGGAUCUCUCGCUGCGACUGCUCAAGCCAAUGGCAUCUCUCCCCAUCCGACCAAUCUUGAUCUCCGCAAGUCCAUCUAUCACUCGAGUUCCAAGUCAACUCGACCAGUCUCCACAGAAGAAGCGACAAAGAUUGCCGACUCUGCGGCUGCGUCGACCAAUGGGGAAGCUGCCAAGCCUUUGUCCUUCUCAUGCGAGACGUGCGGAACUGACUGUACUCGAAUGCGAUACCAUUCGCUGAAAGAUGGAGAGUACACUGUUUGUCCAUCUUGUUUCGUCUCGGGUCGGUUUCCCAGCUCAAUGUACUCUGGGGAUUUCGUCCGAUUGGAAGAGGACAUUUUCAAGCAUGCUUCCUCGGGUGCCGGAUCCGAAUGGACGGAUCAGGAGCUACUACUUCUCCUCGAAGCGAUCGAGAUGUACGAUGACGACUGGUCAAAAGUGUCUUUACACGUCGGGACGAGGUCAAAAGAGCAGUGUAUCGCCAAAUUCCUUCAGAUACCUAUCGAGGAUCAAUAUCUUACCGCGGACAAGGCGGCGGAUCUCGGACCGCUCAGGUAUCAGGCUGGCAUCAAUGGCGUCCCCUUUGAAAGUGCCGAGAAUCCCGUCAUGUCAGUGGUGACUUUCCUGGCCAACGCCGUCGGACCCGCCGUCGCGGCGGCCGCAGCCCAGAGUGCUCUGGGUGAAUUGGCAAAUGUAGGACUGAAGCGUAAACGAGUCAACAAAUCAGAUGGAGAGAUCAAAGCAGAGAAGGACGGUUUGGAGGAGAAUGGUACAAAUGGAGAUGAAGCCGGCGUCGAGGCCAUCCAAGUGGAUGGGGAGGAUGAGGACGAUCAAGAUCGAGUGGGUGGUGUGGAAAAUGGCGAUGGUGGACACGUGAAUGGCGACUCGCAAACAGAAGUCCCGACUCGAGCGUCCGUCGAACGAGCCGCUUCGAUUGCUCUGGGCGCAGCGGCUGCCAAAGCGGCAGCUUUGGCCCGACACGAAGAUGCAAGGUUGACACAACUAGUCAACCGUCUCGUGGCUGCUCAGGUGAAGAAGAUUGAAUUGAAAUUGUCAAUGUUUGAACGGAUGGAGGAAAUGUUAGAAGAGGAGAAACGAAAGGUCGAGCUGAGUCGACAAGAUUUGUUCAAGCAAAAAGUAGACCUUCAAAGACAAUUGAACGUUGUGGAAGGUCUGGUGAAGAGAGCAAAAGAGCAAGCUGCAGCUGCGACGACUACGACCCCAGCGCCAGCGCCUGGAGAGUCUGGUGGAUCCUCAUCGCAACCUGUUGCUGAGACAGAGGUCAAAGCCGUCAAGGAUGCUCUUGGAGGUAGCUUUGCCGAUCAAGCUAUGCAGGUGGACGGGGCCACAGCGCCAUCACGGACGGAAGAAGGAUACGGACUCGCUCAGAUAUAGCUGGGACCCUAGCGGCAGCCAAAGCGAGCGAGAUCUGCCGAAAAGAGAUCAAAACGUUGGUGCUCUGUGUAUAUAGACUGUUAUGUACGAGUACCGUCGGUCACUUUAUGCAUGAAGUCGAGACGAGA